UGUAUUUUCCACAGUCUUGCACCCAUGCUGUUCUAGAAUUUCUAAGCUAAUUGCCCAGUCCCACCUCCACCCUGAUUUUUAGCAUAUGGGUCUUCUGCUGUAUAGGAAAGACAAAGACCAUUUGGAAGGAACUUCUCCGGAGACUUCUCCCUCACCACAAGAUAUCUCUUCUGCUCCUGCCCUUGGAUUCUUUCCUCCCUGUCCUCUCAGAGGAGUGCCCUAAGUGUCGAGCCAAGAAGCUUGCACCGUGUCCAGUAAGGAAGGGGCACUCUGUUUGGGGUUUGAUAGAAGAACACAGGGACUGACAUGAUGAAGACAGGCUGCCUCUUCCUUUGAGAAUGGAGAGAAGGGUGAAGGGUGGGUCCAGGUCCUGGGUUGUUAGUGACCUUCCUGGUUCUGGUAGUGGCCAUGAAACAGAAAGGAACAUCCAAGAGAAAUAUAGCAAAGGGAAACCUGGCAGGAUUUGGAGGCUUAGUUGACAUGUCAAAGGAUGGGGCAGAGGGAUGGGUGAAGAGGAGAGAGCACUUCGUUUUUAAAUCUCUUUGACCAGGAGAAACACAGAAAUAAAGAAGUCACGAGGAUUGCCAGGCUUGAGGAGGAAAAUGAAUUCAGUUUGGGGCCUGUCUGGUGGAAGUGGAAACCCCCUGCCAGCAGCUGGAACUGUGAGGCUCUAAAAAGAAAGCCUCAGGCUGAAGAUGGAGGUUUGGAUGUAACUCAGAGGUGGUAGCUGGAGCGAUGUCAGUGAUGAAGGCUCCAGGUCAGACACAGGAAGAUCAAGGACCCAAAGAGAACCGAAGCCUGAGACUCCGGUGUUGGAGGAGGGAGCAGCUGGAGGCUCGGGCGUGCAGGGCCGGGGGAGACGAUGAGGCUGGAUGGCACCAGGUUCAGGUCGUGGCCGGCCUUCUGUUCUGCGGCAAGGAAUGUGGAUUUUCAUUCCAGACAGUGGGCAGCACUGCAGGCUUUUACACGGGGAGGUGGCACGGUCAGGUUUGUGUUUCAGAGAGAUGUAUGUUAUUGGUGUUUCCUCUUAAACAUAGGACUUCAUGAUCUGCAGGACUUGAGUGGAAGAAAGUGGAGGUCGGAUGACUAGUUAGACGGCAGCCAUGGGAAUCCUGGAGAGAGGUGCCUGGUGUCCUGGACCACAGCCCAGUGAUGCGGCAGAGAGGAAGGGGGCAGGCCCCAGGUGCUUUACAAAGUCCAUGCACUGAUUAGCCAAGACGAGGUGGGGGAGGAUGUAGAUUCUGGGAUUGCUGUCUGGUUUCCCCUUCAAACCCUCUGGCUCAUCUUCAGAUUUAUCUUCCUGAAAUUCUGCUAUGACUGCAUUCUCUGCUCAAGAUCCCCCGUGGACCUCCUUGGCCUCCAGAAACUCAGAGCUGACCCUGAACUGGCAUAUUUCUCCCUUUACUCCAGGUCGUCCCCCAACACAAGCACUCUGCCUGUGGUACACCCCCAGCCGGCUACCCUCCCCCAUGGGGGCCUAUGUGCAAUGCACAUUUACCCAUCCUAUGGCUUUUAGAGGCAGAACUAAACUAACAAUGUCAAAUUUCUUUGUUUUUUUUUUUUUUUGCAAGAUAUGUAUCAACUCAAUAUGGUAAUACUGGUUACUGAUUAGUAGUUAAAUAUCUAAAUAUCGAUGAUGAAGAAAAAAGGGGAAAUUAUUCUUUCCUUAAUAAAUGCCAAGGGUGGGAGACUGUGGAUAAGAACCUCUCAAAACUCGCUUUCAGAUACUGAAAGAAGUCCUCGGUGACGAAAAGCUUGAGAACCACCACCGGAGCUCGGUCUGGUCCAGCGGGCCAGUGUGAGGCUGUUUCCACGCAGACUUGUACUUCCCAGUCCCUCCACCCCACCCCAGGACUUUGUAGUCACUGCCCUUCUCUCUGCCUCAAACGCCCUACCCACCAGCUCCCAGGACCGGAAUCCUCUGCACUCUUUAGGGCCCUUAUCAGAUGCCCCACAUCUGCCAGGACCCCCUAAGUAGAGCGACCUCGCCCUCUCUGCGGCCUCCAGCGUCUCCGCACCUGCGCUGCGCGCCCCGCCCCACCGGCCCUUCGGGACCGGGAUCCAGCCCGCUGCCGGCGGGGGAGGUCCGCUCACUCGGCACUCGGCACCCGGGACCGCACGCAGUGCUUAGGGGACGGUGACCGGCCAGGCAGUGGUGCUGAGGGAGAGAGCGCCGGAGCCCCGGAGCCCAGCCCCGGCCGCCCCUUCGCGCGGCGCGUAGGGCCACCGGGCCGUCCCGAGUUCAUUUCCAGCUCAUUAACUCCGCCAGCCCCGCCCCGCCGCGCCCGCUCCCCGUCGCUGACACGGCCACCGCCGCCUCCUCCUCUCUCCCCUGUCUUCGUGCCAGCGCAGCCCCUAUCGCUUCGCCCAUCGUCUCGCGUCCCGCUUCCUCCCGGAGUCUGUCUGGGUCCCGCUCUUCGGGCGCGGCUCUCCGCCCUGCUCCUCCAUCUGUCUGGGGCUCCGCUUCCUCGCCCCCUGCGCCCCGCCCGCCCCGACCCCUCCAAUCCCGGCAUCUCGGGCCUGGCGCUCCAUGUACCCAUUGGCCCGACCGCAGCCCUCCGGCCCCGCCCGCCGGCCCCCUCCGGGCCCCUCCAUUCACACAAAGUUUGGCUCCCGGCGCUGCAGAGGGAGGGGGCGGCCCGGCCCGGCCCAGCUCUGCCCCCGGCCGGCCCGACCCCGGCCCCGGCCCCCGGACCAGCCCUUAUCUGAUCCCAGCUCCGGGUUUAAGAGUCCUGGCUCUGCCCGUCGCUCAGCUCGGUUCCUCAUUCCUGCCCGCCCCGUCCGUCUGUCCGUCCGUCCGUCCGUCCGUCCCGCUGCCCAUCCGAGGCGCCACUCCACCCCGGACCCAAGGCCCCAAAGCCGCCGAUCUCCUUGGAAGCCUCCAGGGUCACUAUCCAAGUUGGAGUUAGUGUCCAAAGAAGAAGUAAUACGUUUGGGGACAGGAGGCUGAGUGGCCGUUUCCUCUCUCUCCCCAAGAUGACCUCGGUCGCCAAGGUGUACUACAGUCAGACCACCCAGACGGAAAGCCGGCCCCUCGUGGGCCCAGGGGUCCGCCGGCGCCGAGUCCUGACGAAGGACGGCCGCAGCAACGUGAGGAUGGAGCACAUCGCCGGCAAGCGCUUUCUCUACCUCAAGGACCUAUGGACCACCUUCAUCGACAUGCAGUGGCGCUACAAGCUGCUGCUCUUCUCCGCCACCUUUGCGGGCACCUGGUUCCUCUUCGGUGUGGUGUGGUAUCUGGUCGCCGUGGCCCACGGGGACCUGCUGGAGCUGGGGCCCCCAGCCAACCACACCCCCUGCGUGGUCCAGGUGCACACGCUCACCGGCGCCUUCCUCUUCUCCCUCGAGUCGCAGACCACCAUCGGCUACGGCUUCCGCUACAUCAGCGAGGAGUGCCCGCUGGCCAUCGUGCUCCUGAUCGCCCAGCUGGUGCUCACCACCAUCCUGGAGAUCUUCAUCACCGGCACCUUCCUGGCCAAGAUCGCCCGGCCCAAGAAGCGGGCGGAGACCAUCCGAUUCAGCCAGCACGCCGUGGUGGCCGCGCACAACGGCAAGCCCUGCCUCAUGAUCCGAGUGGCCAACAUGCGUAAGAGCCUGCUCAUUGGCUGCCAGGUGACCGGCAAGCUGCUUCAGACCCACCAGACCAAGGAGGGUGAGAACAUCCGGCUCAACCAGGUCAACGUGACUUUCCAAGUCGACACGGCCUCUGACAGCCCCUUCCUCAUUCUGCCGCUCACGUUCUACCACGUGGUGGACGAGACCAGUCCCCUGAAGGACCUCCCCCUUCGCAGUGGCGAGGGGGACUUCGAGCUGGUGCUGAUUCUCAGCGGGACGGUGGAGUCCACCAGCGCCACGUGCCAAGUGCGCACCUCCUACCUGCCCGAGGAGAUCCUCUGGGGCUACGAGUUCACGCCCGCCAUCUCGCUGUCCGCCAGCGGCAAGUACAUAGCGGACUUCAGCCUUUUUGACCAAGUCGUGAAGGUGGCCUUGCCCAGUGGCCUCCGCGACGGCGCCGUACGCUACGGAGACCCCGAGAAGCUCAAGUUGGAGGAGUCGUUACGGGAGCAAGCUGAGAAGGAGGGCAGUGCCCUUAGCGUGCGCAUCAGCAAUGUCUGAUGGCCUGGGGUCCCACCUCCCCGCCCCUCUGGUCUCUCCUCCCUCGGCAUCCUGGGUGAGGGCCGUUACCCAGGCUUGCUGGAGAACCCAGAAGCACCCGCCCCCCGCCCCUCUGCUUUAACCCGGUGGCCUGUGGCUAGGCGAGGCCAACUGGAGUCCGAGCUUUCCUUCCACUGUCCCCUUCAUCUCCCCCCACCCCCACCCAAGAUGCACAACUCCCUUACGCCAGGACGGGGGAAGGAGAGGGAAGAUUAGGCUGAAGCGGCUUAGCACGCCUCAGCCAUGCUUGGAGACUCACCUUAGGAGGACUGUCGCAGUUGGGUGGAUAGACUCCCCCCACCUCCUGCCGCCACCACCAUCAAGUUCGGUGACUUGAGGCUGGAGCCCCUGCCCGCCUCUCAUUUCCCAUGCAGCUAGUUCCCUAAGGCAAGACUCUGAUAGUCUUUUCGGGGUCUGUGCCCUUAGAAAUAUGGGAAUCUGGAAUUCAUUUAUCCUGGGUUCUCUACCAACCCCUGUUGAAAGAAGUCAGGGUUUUCAUAGUGUGGUUCAUUUCUGCUGGCAAAUUUGGACUAUAACCUAGAACCCCGGUCACCAGUUUUCCUCUAUUUUCUCAAGUGGACCCUCUUCAGAUACCCAGUUCUCUCAUAGCUGCCUCUGUUCCCAGAGAAUUGAGGCUGAUCCAGGGAAUCUAAAAUGGUCACAACCACCACACCCACACGCAUCCUGGAAUCUGAAGUCUUCGGUGUGGAGGGACUAAUGCAGAGCUCCUGUCCAAAACCUUGACCCUAUUCUGCACACAGCCCUGGGAGGAUUUGUUUCCCUGUGAUCUGUGGAUGGGAUGAGCCUUGCCAGCAUGUUCCCAGGCCCCACAGAAAGGUCUAGAAAUGAUGUUCCAGAUACUUGCAGGGCCCAGGCUCCCUAGGAAGGUGACAUCAACCCUACCUACCAUGCAGGAUAAGUAAAUUCUCAGAUUUCCAGACCACUGUGUGGAGCCUCUGGGAAUUGGGGGUGCUGGAUUAGGGUUUGGGGUGGGGCAGGACUCUGUGGCCAGCAGACACAAUUCUCUGUGUCGCCCUCCCUGUGCCCCUCUGACAGGCGCCAGCUGUUUCAUUAGGCCAUGCUGGGAGGGAAGAGACCACGCCUCCUGACCAAAUAACCAGGG